UGUGAGGGUACCCGCCCCAGACCCAGACCAGCAUGACCAAGUAAACACACAACAUGGCAGACGAGGCGGCCAGGCGAAGGGAGUUACGCCGAAAAAGGAUCCUGGAGAACGCCGAGGAGCGGAAAAGGAAGAUAUUUGGCACCACCCUGGCACCCUGCGACCCCACGGAGCCACAGGUGUGUGAGGACCCCCCUGUGCCCUGCCUGGCAGACCAGCAGCCCCGGCCCCCCCAGACCCUCCCUGCCAGGCCCUGUGCUGCGCCCAGCAUAGAUGACUCACAGAACAGCCUCGGGGACAGCAUCUGCCCCCCGCCCUCCGUAUCGGUGGCCCCGUCCCACGCCCUCGCCACUGAUGAGAGCACCACCGCCGCCGCCACUGCUGCCACCACCAAUCGCCGCGGGCCCCUCACCUCCACCCCCAAGAGUGAACGCCACAGCCCCACCGCCCUGCACCCUGGCACCCGGCUCUUCAACGGCUCACCGCCCGGCCCCACGGAGCAGCUGCUCAACUUCAGCCGGCUGUCAGCGGCGAAUGGCACCCUGGGGUCCCCUGGUGUGCAUGAGGCACCGCUCCCGCCUGUGCCAGAGCCGCCGCGGUCGCCAGUGGUGCCGGUGGUGCUGGCGCUGGUGGUGUGCUGCCUGCUGACCUUCAACCUGGGCUACAUCGUCUCCCACAGCGUUGCCUUCCCCUUCCUGCUGUGGGAGGGCCACAGCCUGUGGUGCCGGUGGCAGGCACUGCAGACCAGUCAGCGUGGCGCCGCCGGGCUGAUGGCCUUCGCCCUCAUGCUGAGCGGUGUGAGCCAGGCCACCGUGGCCUCCUGCGUCAUCCUGCUCAACAUCGCCAAGUGUUUUGUGGAUGACUUGUCACUGUACAUGUUCACUGUGGUGAUGUGGGCCAGUGUGGUGGGCCUGCCAGACCCCUCACAGGGCCAGCCGGCUGCCGCCGCCGCUGCUGCUGCUGGGGUUGAUGCCAGUCUUGGGCUGGGGCCAAACCAGGUCCUGGAUGACAUGGACAUGUUGGAUGACUUUUAGGGAAUGUUACUUAUUGUAGUCUUUAUACAACAGGUUCUUAGUGAUGCCAUACCUUGCAGUGAUGACAUGGGAGGGGGAGGAGGAAGGGCAGUUGGCGGGUUCCUGAUCAUGUAAAGCUCAUGUAGUCAUCCCCAGUUAGUGGUUUUCAUGUUUACAUUAUUAAUACAUUACCUGUUAUUUUUCAAGAGAGGUGUAUAUACCUAUAUAUAUUUACAUCUUUUCUGCCAAUAUUAUUUUUUUCGCAAUCUGGGCCUUCCUGACUCCUCACGCUGCAGUUCAGGGAAAUGGAAUGAUGAUUAUCUUGUUUCUGGCCCCUUGAGGGUCAGGGACAAGAUAAUGACAGGCUAGGAGCUGCAGUAGAAGUGGGACAUGCGUGUGCACUAACAAAUCAGAAAUGUCACUGUCUUUGGCUCUCAUCUUUGGCAAUGCUGCAUAGUUCUCUUGCUGCAAAAAAUACUCAUACUGAUACACCUUGCCCUAAACUUGUCUUGAUAGGCCAGCCCCUUCCUAUAUGGCAAGUGACUCCCCCUUCAUUGUUUCAUCCCUCCCUUCUCUCCCUUCUCUCUCUUUCCAUCCCAUAUGUGACAAUACUGGAUGGUUCUCAUGCCUCCCAAAACUCUCAUACUGAUCCAACUUGCCCUAAACUUGUCUUGAUAGGGUGCCAGUGACAUUUUCCAGGCGUUGAGUUGCUCUCAAUGGUAGAAACAGAUCUCAAUGAUAGAAACAGAUUCCUUAACGGAGACACAACUUGUAAGGGAAGCGGGGCUGAAAUAGAUCUACAACAUUUCUUAUUCUAUUGCAAUUUAUACCAAGGAAAUAGAAACAGAUAUGAUUUAUUUAGCCAAAACAUAAACAGAAGAGAAGAAAUUAAAUAUUACAUUCAAGAAUUCUGGAACAAGCGUUUGAAGGCAGUGAAGAGAAGGCAGAACAACCAACCCUAAGAAAACCAAAAGGAGGGGCUGUUGUGCCUCCUCUCUUGGUACUCCAUCCCAUUCCAUCUUUCUCCCCCUCACCUCUAUUUCCCACCCCAAUAAAUAGAUAAGUAUGACCACUAGUUGCCGGCCAUGAUGAUAGCCCCUCCUCAAUCUAUCUCAGUAACUUGCCAUUGAGAGAAGCGGCUACCAAAUCACAUUGAGUUUAGAUCAGUAUUUUUGACAUGAGCUGUACAUCAUAUAUUUUUCAGACAGUAUAUAUGUGGCUGCUGCAGUCUUAUAUUCACAAAGCUGAUGCUGAGCUGCCCAAGAAUGUGUUAGCCAAAUGUGCAGUAAAAGUCUUCUGUCUCAGGAUAUUGUAGAGUCCCCAACAGUGCCAGAAUUUGUCAAUUACAUGAACAAAGAUUAUUUAUAUUUCCUGUUUGACUUUUGCUUGCAUAAAGAGUAAUGAAAGUCUUUUGUCUCAGGUUACAGUAGAGUCCCAAAUGGUGCCAGACUUUGAUGGCUAUAGGAAUGAGUGCUUCUGAAAUUUGAUGUUUUACUUAUACUUAUAAUAACUGUUUCUCGUCAAGGAAAGAACUUGAUAUUGAUCUUACUUUGAGAUAUGUUUUUACUUCUAUAUUAAUUUGGUUGACUAUUUUGUAGCGUAUGCAGCUCGUGAAUUGUAUACCAUUAAAUCUUGCACUACUAGGGACUCUACUGUAUGUGUUAAAGGCACUGUAUGUAAAUAAGUGAAGAUGACGCUGUCUUUUUUUGUUUUGCCUACAAGGUGUGUGGCACAGAUCCAUUUCCCUGAUGCACAUUUUACCACACACAGGCUACUACACUUGUUAUUAUUUUCAGAAAAAAACUACAACAAAAUCAGCUCAUGUUCCUGUUGCAUACAAAAUAUAUUUCACUGCUUACCUCUCUGUCAAUAUCCAGAAUCUGUUGAGUCUCCACACUUGUCUCAGUAAAGAGAGUAUCUUUUACCUUUUGAUAAUUAUUUCUUUUGUGUUGCGUUGUAGGUGUUAUGGACUUCCUCAGUAUGAGCAUAUGGUGUUGAUAUUUAUGCAGGCGGAGAAAGAGUUGAAUCCUUGAGUCUCGUGUGCUCCCUGUCUUACCGUAUAACUGUGAGACGUGUACUGACGAGAGACUUAUAGUGGUACCAAGUGCCUUCACAGGAUCAUAAUGUAUUGCUGGAAUGACUUUAUGUCUAACCAGCGACUAUGUGGUGAAUCAAGGCCUGUUACCACCUUAGUCCAUGAACGCCAACUCCAGCUGUGUGGGCAUGUGGCACACCUCCUGGCCAUGUAUCCUACUCACAGGGUUGUUUCUGUGCGAGACAACCCUGAGUGAAGAAGACCAAAGGGAUGCCCACGUAGCUCACUCCUUCCUGGGUGUGCAUUUGUUUGCUCGUGUGUAUGUGUGUGUGUGUGUGUGUGUGUGUAAGAAGUUUGCACAGGAAAGAUAUCCAUGUCAUUUUUUUUGUUUUUAUUGAUCUCCAUUUCUGAGUGCUAAUAUUGCUUUUUGUUUUGAGAUACUCAGCAAUUUUUUUGUCAUGCUGAAACAUCCACUUCUUCAAGAGUACCAUUAAACAUUUCCGGUGAGAGCUUAUUACAA